GGAAACACCGGGGAUGAACCACAAGAGUAAGAAGCGCAUCAAGGAGGCGAAACGCAGCGCCCGGCCCGAGCUCAAGGACUCGCAGGACUGGUGCCGUCAUAAUUACUGCGAGGUCUUCUCGUUAAACCCCAGUACUGUGCUGGAUAAUGUUGAGCGCGUCGACGCUGCACAACUCACCACAGAGGAGUUCAUCGAACGCUAUGAAAAACCCUACAAGCCGGUGGUUAUCAUUAACGCCACCGCUGGCUGGCCGGCCAAUGAAAAAUGGACCCUGGAACGGCUGAAGCGCAAGUAUCGCAACCAGAAGUUCAAAUGUGGGGAGGACAAUGACGGUUACUCUGUGAAAAUGAAAAUGAAGUACUACAUAGAUUACAUGGAGGGGACACGGGACGACAGCCCCCUGUACAUCUUUGAUAGCAGCUAUGGUGAACACCCUAAGAGGAAGAAAAUAUUGGAGGAUUACGAGGUGCCCAAAUAUUUCCGAGACGACCUGUUCCAGUUCACUGGGGAAAAACGACGUCCUCCAUACAGGUGGUUUGUGAUGGGACCGCCACGUUCUGGGACUGGAAUUCAUAUUGACCCUUUGGGCACCAGUGCUUGGAACUCUCUAGUCCAUGGGCAUAAGCGCUGGUGCCUCUUUCCCACUAACACACCGCGUGAACUGAUCAAAGUAACAAGGGAUGAGGGGGGGAAUCAGCAGGAUGAGGCCAUCACUUGGUUCAAUGUUGUUUACCCACGCACUCAGCUUCCAUCAUGGCCGCCUGAAUUUAAACCUCUAGAGAUCCUGCAGAAGCCUGGAGAGACGGUGUUUGUGCCGGGAGGUUGGUGGCAUGUGGUCCUCAAUUUCGACACCGCCAUUGCGGUUACCCAGAACUUCGCUAGCUGCUCUAAUUUCCCUGUAGUUUGGCACAAAACUGUGAGAGGGAGGCCCAAGCUUUCCAGGAAGUGGUACAGGAUUUUGAAGCAGGAACGGCCAGAAUUGGCAGCACUGGCAGAUACUGUGGACCUUCAAGAAUCCACGGGUAUCGCAUCGGACUCUUCCAGCGAUUCUUCCAGUUCCUCUUCCUCCAGCUCUUCUGAGUCCUGCUCAGAGGAUGACUCCAGUUCUGGAGCGGAAAUGAUGUCCCGUAGGAAGAAGAAGAGGAGACUCUGCAACGGGAUGGGGAAUGGUGACAUCACUACACAGGAUGACUGCGCGAGCAAGGAGCGUAGCUCUUCAAGGUGACACAAGGUUGUAGGAAAGGCCAAGCAACAAUUGUUCCUUGAUGCUCUUCAAAGAAUAUGGUGAAUCCUUCCCUUUUGCCCCGUGCUGCUACACACCAGCAGAGCAAAGCAGUCUUGCUAUUUUAUAUUAGAUUGCACACAGACUGUAUUUAUUAGGCCAGAAUACAUGGGAUUAUCAGUUUUUAUCCAGCAAGUGGGAUGCCUUUUAGGAGAUGUUGCUUCUUUUUGAGGUUUGUGAGCUCCAUCUUUCCUUCAACUCCGCUGCUGCUUUAUAUCCACCUCCUUCCAAACACAAAUAGGUAGCCUUUUUUAUCUGUACAAUGUCUGUAUUCAAGGAUCAACAGAUACUGCUUUCUGCCAGUGGAAGCUCUGAAGUGUCUUAAAGGGAAAAGAAUGAGAUCACUAGAAUGGUCCUUUAAUAAAGGGCAGUGAUUCAGCUAAUUCAGCUGUCACUUAACAUUGUCUGAGUUUUCUCUGCCUUCGAUAGAUAGAGCAGCAUGUACAAUGUCAUAAGUUUCAGUUAUCUGUCUAGGAAUUAAAGGAAAUAUAAAGCCAAAGAUCGAAUUUGCGAAAUGAAAGAAAAAUACCAUUCAAAGCAACUUUCCAACGGCUACAACUUUCCAAUAUACAUUCAUUACACAUUCCCAAUGGUUUAAAACUAUAACUGCAGUAUCCUUCAUUUUGUUUUCUCUGCAGUGGUGGGUCUGGCUUUUAAAGCAAUGUAGACGAACUAGCUGAUUAGCAGACCUGCAAGGCUGACUUCUGCUACGUUAUUUUAGGAUUCUGUAGCAGGGAACAGCAAUAGAUCAACAAAUAAAGCGGUCAAUAGCUAUGACUGUUAUAUAUGACUUUAAAGCCAGUGCAAAUAUGUAACAACUGUAUAUUGGGAAGUCAUUUAGAUCCACUUUAACAAUGCCUGGUACUUAAAGCACUGUACUUUGAACUGCAGCAUAAGUAACAUAAACCCCCAUUUUUAUAUUGUCUGUUCCCUUUAAAACCAUGCUUUUUCCGCCUGCAGUACUGAUUUACUGCAUGCCGAUAGUCCCAGAGAAUUCUUUUUAAAUGGAUAAGUCCUGAUCUAAUUUGUGGUGGAAUUACCUUUAAUAUCACUUGGAAACUGAGAUUUUUAAAGUCUGUGAUUGCUCUGUUAAUUUAAAACUGUAAUUUUUCUCUUGUUUUUUUAAUAUAUAUUUUUUUCUAACAAAUAAAAGUCAGACCCAAAGUGAA